UCUUAAUGGGCCGACAGCGGAACAAAGUUAUCAAACAAAGCGGCGUAUUAGUUUCAGAAUUCCAGAAGUAAGGGGAGUGUUAGGACCAGCGUCCGAGGACUUCAGGACUGUUAGGUGGUUGACGUUUUCAUUUUUGGGCCAGUGAAAGUUGUGUUCUACCUUUUGUGUUUUCUUUUUGACUCAGAGAGUAUAUGCGUUCUUCUGUAAUUUGAGAAUAUUUUGAGGACGGAUUUAACCAGAAUAGUAUUUGUUUUCCUCCUGGAUAUUUCGCGAUUUUUAAAAAUCCUUUCCUAAAACCGAAUUGGGGACAGCACUUAUUCUGCAACAGAUCAAACAUGUUCAAGAAACCACCGGGAAUACUUUAAAUGUUGCAGGUCUCUUCCGUAUGUUCAUUUUGAGAACAUUUUGGGAGUUGAUUUUUUUAAGAAUAAGAGGAUUGGUAGAUUUUAAAGAAGUCGACACAACAAAGCUGUUUACCGUGUAUCUGAAUUUGUGAAUUAAUGCUCCAAGGGCAAUUUCCUACAAACAAAUGCAAAGGGUUUUGAAAUUAAGAACAUAAAGCUGUCUAUAUUUCGCAACGAUGUCUGGCGUGGUGCGCACCCUAAGCCGGUGUUUGCUCCCAGCCGAAGCCAGUCGGGAGCGAAGCAAUAGCAAAGAGAGGAGACGGGAUCGGGACUUGAGCCAGGAGCGAGAAGAUCGUCGCCGCAGUCGGGAAAUUGAUUCCAUGUUAGCCCGAGAGAGACGCUCCAUCCGCCGCUUGGUUAAAAUUUUGCUGCUUGGAGCUGGAGAGAGUGGCAAGUCGACUUUCUUAAAGCAAAUGAGGAUUAUUCAUGGCAAAGAAUUUGACCAGAAAGCACUACUGGAUUUUCGAGAUACUAUAUUUGAGAACAUUAUCAAGGGUAUGAGAGUUCUGGUUGAUGCCCGUGACAAGCUGGGUAUUGCCUGGCAGAACACGGAAAAUGAGAAGCAUGGCAUGUUUGUCAUGUCCUUCGAGAACAAAGCGGGAGUACCUGUGGAACCCUCAACCUUCCAGCUCUACGUCUUGGCCCUGCGGGCGCUGUGGCAGGAUGCUGGCAUCCAGGAGGCUUACGGGCGUCGAAGUGAAUUCCAGCUGGGUGAAUCAGUGAAAUAUUUCUUGGACAACCUGGACCGAAUUGGGCAACUGAGUUAUAUCCCAAGCAGGCAGGAUAUCCUGCUGGCAAGAAAGGCUACCAAAGGGAUUGUGGAGCAUGACUUUGUCAUCAAGAAGAUCCCAUUCAAGAUGGUGGAUGUGGGAGGUCAGCGCUCACAGCGACAGAAGUGGUUUCAGUGCUUUGAUGGCAUCACCUCCAUUCUCUUCAUGGUGUCCUCCAGCGAGUAUGAUCAGGUGCUGAUGGAAGACCGCCGCACCAAUCGUCUGGUGGAGUCCAUGAACAUCUUUGAGACUAUUGUCAACAACAAGCUCUUCUCCAACGUGUCCAUCAUUCUCUUCCUUAACAAGAUGGACUUGCUGGUGGAAAAGGUGAAGAAGGUCAGCAUCAAGAAGCACUUCUCCGACUUCCAGGGAGACCCUCACCGACUGGAGGAUGUGCAGGCCUACCUGGUCCAGUGCUUUAAUCGCAAGAGGCGGAACCGAAGUAGACCCCUCUUCCACCAUUUCACUACUGCCAUCGACACAGAGAACAUCCGCUUCGUCUUCCAUGCAGUCAAGGAUACCAUCCUGCAAGAGAACCUCAAGGACAUCAUGCUGCAGUGAUCGCACCUCUCUUGAGUGCCUUGCGUCCAUUCCUGUGCGAUUGAACACAUUCAAAGUGCAGAUGAAAGUUGCUCUCCUCCCCAUCUAAUGACAGUAGUAUAACUCCUAGGUUUUAUAGGUGUCAAAAAAAAUCCAGGUCUUCUAAAUUUUUAACCAAUAUACCAAAUAACAGAUUAAUUUACCACAUUUUCAUCUACAGUGGUAAGAGCUAUAUCUGAUGAAAGCAUUUGUCCUGCUUAGUUAUAUAUAAUAUUCCAUGCACAGGAUCAAACAUUUAUUUUUCACAAGUAUCCAUUAUUUUUCCCAUUGGUUGUAAACCCUUUAAUUGUAUAUAGAUAGUGUUAAUAUACAGUAUGCAAAUUAACAUCGUUGUGGCUAUAUAAUAGUAUUGCACUAAAGACUAUUGCAUAUACUGCAGUUAUAUCAAACUGAGAUCUAAGUGCCUGUGUGACAGAUUAGUUUCUUCAUUGUUUGAAUUUACAGCAGUGUUUCUGACAGCUUGUUAACAGCCAUUUUCCCCCUAAGGUGUCAGAAUAAUGAAUUCUAUAGACACCGAAGGUUAAGGGGAAUAUAAAAACAUGUAUAUGUGUUUUUUUAGUCUGCACCGCCUUUGUCAAGAAUGCUUGUAAUAGGAAGGGACAGGUGCCAACUAAAAUCAUAUCAGAUAUACUUCUUAAUUUGUAUAGCAUUUUUAAAGAUAUGAGAACAAACAGUAUUUUGGGGGGGGUUCGAAGGAGAGAAAAACCUAUUUUGCAUUAUCUAGUGUUACGGGGUAAAAGGCAAUAUAUAGGGUAUUCUGUCUAACAAGUAAUUCAGACUACUGUAGUGGAACUGCUUUAACAUAAGAUCCUUCCUUUUAGGACUGAAGUGUUAUUUAACUGUUAACUGUUGUGUCUUCUUUCAGUGUGCCUCCAGAUCCAGUCUGAAAAGCCUAGCUAUAAGCACUGGAAGCCAAAACCAAAAACUGAAAGAAUUCAAUUUAUAGCAUAUGUAUUAUUAAGAACUGUAGAGAACAUUAACUGAACAAUUAAGUUUAAAGCUUUACACUGCCAUCUGUUAAUGUUUUUUAAAAGCCAAUAGCCUUAAAAUUAACAACAAAGCUGAAUUUUUAAGCUUCUACAGCACUGAUUUAACCAGUAACCUGACAGCACGCUCAUUGUGCUGAAGGUAUUUGUAAUGGGAUUCAUAUUUUUACAGCUGUUUAGUUAAAGCAAUGAUUAAAUGACUUUCCACAUUAUCACCAUAUCACCUCCUUAGUUAAAAUAUCUACUGGUGAACACUAAUACUAGUUAAUUCAUGUUGUUUUUGUGUAGCUUUUAUUUAGGCAGAAUAAAACCUUGGGACACAUUUUUAUAUGACAGUAGAUAGCAGUAUGAUGAGAAGCAGAGGUUAGAAGAUUGCUUUUUGUCCAAGUAUAGGCUAUAGUGCCUAUGACACAUCCCAGUGUGAUAGAGUUCCAAGUCAAUGCCUUCUUGAUAUUUGAUAUAAUGUCUUUCCGUCUUCACUUCCGGUCAUAAAGCAGAGACACUUAUUGUGUAACUGCCACAGAUGUGCACUUUGCUUAAUCAGCAAUUCUCCAUUUAACCCUUGAUUGUCAUUACAACUCUAUUCUUGAAUAUGACCAUUAAGUGCAUACAGCAGUGUGUCAAACCUCUUUCCUGCCUAGUCUUGUUCUUAGUGUUUCCUGUAGCUGUAUAAUUGUUGCGUUUUCUUUGAAAAUUAAUAAUAAUCUGAUAAUUUAACAAAAUAUAACAUUUCCUUGUGUCUCCAUAUUGAAUUUUUAGUAAAGCCAAAAUACUUAACUGAUUUAUGGCUCAAAUAGCCCAAUUAUUUUUCUUAAAUCCUUCAAAAUGUAAUUUGGAGUGAAGGGAGGCUUUACUCAGUUUUUAAAGAAUAUGAAUACCACUGUACAUUGUAGAUUUAGGAGAUUGUUAGUGUUCAUUCCAAAGGUGUAAUUUACUUUCCGUUGUAACACACAGCUCUAAUAUAUUGAAUCCUCAGGUCUAUAUUGGUUUUGUCAAUAUGGAUGGAUGAGCUUAAAGAAAAAUGCCAUUACGAUGUACAGACUUUUAUAGGACAGUCUUCUGUAAACAUUAUUUACGUAAUGGUUUCUAAAUUCUGAAAAAAGCAAAAUGUGUAUAUUGUAAAUAUUAUGUAUAAAGUGUGUCUUCCAUUGUUUGUAACCCCUUAGUGUAUUUUAACCUUUAUUUUAGUAUUAUUGCUCCUGAUAUCAGAUUUCAAAGUCACACUUUUUUAUGAAAGAUGUCAAUAGAGCUCUGAUUGAUUCAAAACUAACAGAUGUUUCAUUGUUUCUUUAUUUUGCAGGCACUUGGUUCUUUAAAUUGAAUUCUUGACUAAAGCUAUUAAAUUAGUCACUAAGAGUCCUUAAAUUCACAAAAUUGCAUGUAACUGGAGUGGAAGAGUGUUAUUUUUAGUAACAAAUAUUUUUUGUUGUGGAGGAAAAGGUUUGGAAAACCUGGCAUUUAACAACAUAUUAUAGAACCUAGUGAUUCCAGAAUAGCAUUCCUACUAAAGUUGUCCUGAAGAUGUCCUAUAUUUUUUACUGAUAAAUGAUGGUAUUUGUAAUUUACAUUUUUUGCACUAGAAAUCUAAUAUGUGUUUCAAGCAUGUUUUGCAAGGUUUUUGAAAGAUACUGGGUUGUAGUAGUGUCCAGUAGGAUCCCCUGGGGAUAAUACCUUUGUUCUACAGAUGUGUGAUUGACCAUGUAGCUAACCUAUUAUGUUGCAUUUGUAGGGCUUUAAUGCUAAGAGAUAAUUCUGUUCUUUUUCCAAAUAACUUUUAGGUAUUUGUCAUGGGCACAAAAAAUUAAGUCCUGGAUUUAAAACGAAAAGACUGCAAAUAGAAAUAAUUUAUCAAGUUAAGGGACAUUAUAUGGGUCAGUAUUCUGGAGCUCACAACUAAUGAAAUAAGUUAACUUCUCACAUUUAAAUUAUGCUGAUUUGUCUAAAAACUGGCAAAUACAGAAUGGCUUAACAGUGAAUGUUUUAUGUGUAUCUGAAUUAUGAUCAUUUUUAAGUAAUCUUUUCCUGUAAUCUGGUUUUGUCAUCAGUAUUUGCUUAAAUAGAUUCUGCAAACUUAAUACAUUUCCUCAAAUUGAUUCCACCUGGUAUAAUAUAUAGGCCUCACGUAACACUGUAGUGUAUUCAAAUUGUUCUUCUUAUUAACUUUAUUUCCUUUACAUCCUCUCCAUAUCGGGAACAUGCAGUAGACCCCUCUGAUUUUCCAGUCCUAAUGAUAUAUUUGUUGCUUGUCACAUCUCAUAAGUUUUUUGACUGAUUAAAAUAGUGCUUUUGUAUGUUGGGAGUGGAUUUUGUGCUGUGGUACUUCAGAGGAAUGAGAACUUGCGUGAUGUUAUUUUGGAAUUACAACAGUUUACGUUGAAUGUGAAAAGUGCUGUUGUUCUUUAUGAUUAGUAAAGGUGAAAAGUGGUACAAGGUGUCAAAGGAAAAUCUAAGGUUUUGUUUCUGGAACAAAGGAACUUGAACUGAUCAACAUCUGUCCUUCAAAUUAGUAAAAGUUAACCAACAUUUUAAUCUUGCCAGCUUGAAAUAAAUUCUGGUCUCCUGGCUUGCCCUGUAAUCAGAAGACUAAAUUUGCUUUUGCUGAAAAAACUCCUAUAGCCAGGAUUAAUUUGGAACUGACUUACAUUUUAAAGCUUGUAAAGUUCAUUUAUAUUCCCCUAGCUUCCCACACACCCAUAUCAUCCCCUAACAGGCCUCUUUAUUUAAAAUGGAAAACAUCUAGCACAGCUAAAUGCCAGUUAAGAAAGACUGUUGUUUAGUCUGUCUGAGUAGCAAAAGUCCCACAAAACAAUUUCUGAUUUUAUGAAAGCCUUAAUAAAAAAGACAGAUAUUGACCUUUAGUCCCUUGCUGAUUAGAGACAUGAACAUGAAAAUUAGCUUGGCUAUCAAAUAUAAGACUUUCAUUCUUAUGAUGACCAUUUAAAAUUAUCAUGUGUUUAUUUUAAGAACAUAAUAUAAUGGAUUGUGGUUUGUUUUCCGGAUAUGAUAUAAUGUCCAAAGGAAUUAUCAAGACGUUAUCUGAUUUUAGAAUUUGAGAUACAAAAAUUUAAAAAAUAAUAGAACUGGAUAUAAAUGCAUUGGUUUAUGUAAAUAUGAAAAAAAUAUGUUUACAAUGAAUUUAAUAUUUAAAUUUCUUGAUCUGAGUGCCAUGAAACUUCACCUUUGUGAGUGUUACACAUCAUGUUUGAUGCUUUGUUGUGAAAAAGUACUUUGAAAACAAAAUUAGAUCUGAUUUGCUAUAACCAGAAAACCAGGAGUACCAAAAUUAUGUAUUUCAGCUUUCAGGCCUCUUUCAUUCUUCUUCUAUAGUGUUUCAUUGAGAGUGUAAAACCACAUGGUUGUUCUCUGUUCACUUUAUUUAGCACAGUGAUUGUAAUGAAAAUGUCCCUUGAUUGUAAAAAGUUUUAAAUUCUGAAUUGAUUAACUGUAUUGCAGUUGUUCUGUAUAUAUGAAUUGUAUAAAUACAUUAAAUAUACUAUAUGUUGA